AUGAAUGAUGUGCGCACUUGUCCAAUUUCAAAUCUUCAAUUGAUUGAUUUGGAAAAUCGCGCCCAGAAUUGCGAACGAGCUAAAAAUUUAAAAUAUAUUUUAUUUCGUGCUAGCAUUGAUUUGAUUAAUAUUAUUAUAAUGGAAGAUUUGGCAAUGAUAUGUAUAUCAAUGGAACCGUGGCGCAUAUGUACCUGUAACUGUCAUGAGUUAUCCUUUUGCGCCAGCUUUUUAUUUGGUAUACUUCAGUUAGAUAUUAAACAAUUUAUCAAAUACUCAUUGUACAAUGAUAAUGAUAAUAAAUGGCUUGAAUGUGGAUCAAUUUUUUCAAGAUAUCGAAUUUGA